AUGUCAAUUCCGCCCGAUGGUCGAGGUGUUGAUUUUACGAAAGACUUCGAACAGCAGGACAUGAAAUACGAUUCUACCGGGAUGUUCCAUUGGUGCCCUGCGAGAAACCUAGACGAAUGUGUUCUGGAGAGACAUCAAGCAGCAAUGACGGUUUUGAAUGGUCACGUUGUCGUGUGCUUGUUCGCUGACCGAGAUUCGCCACUGAUAGGCUUGAGAAACUUCAUCAUGCCUUUGAGAGCUUCCAACUUCCACUACCAUGAGCUCAAACACGUUGUUAUUGUUGGUGAUUUGGACUACUUGAGAAAGGAAUGGAAAACGCUGUACAAUCUGCCAAAAAUCUCCAUCCUGAAUGUAAGUAGUGCAAGUCCUGUUUUAUAGUG